CCGUAGAUUGGGCUCACGUUAAAUACGCUGUGAAUAUGUGGUGGAGAGCUGAUACUGCCUAGUUGAAAUGUAUAUGUUAUAAAUGUAGCUCUAAUUAGAUAAAGUUUACUUCGUGGGAGUGUAAUUUAUGGAUCAGCAUUAAAAACUGUACUUGCAGGAUGAGAUGUGAUCCAGGACCGGGGUCUAACACUAAUAUAGAGGCAGUCAGAGUGCCCUGCAAUCUGAGACGGGAGAAAUACCUCAGUGUUUAUGCAGAACAACGACUAUUGGAUGAAUAUCAGAGGUCAUGGAGAUAAAGUCACUAACCCAAAGUAAGUGCUACAGGCCUACUGGGAAAGGGAGAGAGCAACUGUGGAUGAAUUACUGAGAGGACCUACAAGGGGCCAAAGAAUCUGGGGGUCUCUGUCCAGGGACCAAGUCUCUCAUGAUCCAUCCAUGAGCUCACCAAAGUCAAGGAGUUUUGUUACUAGAAAUUGUAGCCGAACUCUAGCCCUAACAGGACUAAUGGGAAACUUUGAUUAACUGGACACUGUAUGAGUUCCCUAUCACCAGAAGGUGGCAGUAAUGCAGCACUGAAGAUGCCAGCUACCAUUCAACGUCAAAGAAGAAGAAGCGGUCGAUUUGGCGGGUACUGCAAAACGUAAACAGAGGAAGCUAAAAAAUGGAGGAAAGCGAAGUAGCAACGCAAAAAGAGACGGUAGCUAGCACAUGUGUUAGAGACUCUGCUGAAAACCAAAGUAAUGAAGCUACGGGAGAAGUUUCAAACCCUGCAGCAGCGGCGGUGUGUAAGCCGGCAGAGGAGACGGGAGCUCGGUUCAACAGACUGAAGUUGUUGGACAAAGUGAUGCAGAAGAGCCUGGAAAAGUUCAUCGACAUCGCUAGUUUUAACAGAUUUGCCAGCACUUUUCGUCCACUGUACAAGAAGAACCCUCAGAGGAUGGAGAGCAUUCACAAGCAGUUCAUAGAGGAGCUGCGAAGGAGUAUACAGGAGGAUAUCAGCAGAUUGACUGAAGAAGGUCAUUUAGAGUUCAAACUGAAUGAGCUGGACAAACUGGAGCGUGCUGCCAAGGACAAACCAGCCCCUGCAUGGCGGCCCAGUGGGGUUCCUGAGCAGGACCUUUGCAGCUUUUUGAUGCCCUACUAUCAAAAGCAGGAGGCAUACAUGCGACUGGAGCUGAAAAAGGUCCAAGCAGAGAAUGCUGCACUUGCACAGAAGGUUCAGGCUGGCAGAGAGAGUAUCGCCCAGACUGAAAACCGCAUUUCAGCAGCUGUUGAUGAGUGGAAAGCAUCAGUCACAGAAUUUGAAACGCUGGCAUCUUCUCUCUGCCCCGCUGAUGUCUUUGAUGUGUAAUCUUCAAAUUAUACUACGAGUCAACUAACUUAACUAUACAUAUUGAUUUUGUUU